AUGAAGUUACCUUUCUGCAGAUGGCGUCGUGGCACAGUAGGAACCACUACCGCACCUUGUCAGCCGAUCAAUCGAAUUGUCUUCGUCAAGACUCACAAAUUGGGUAGCUCCACAAUUACCACCACGCUCCAGCGCUACGGCCACCACAAGGACCCCAAUUUCAUCUUGCCCGCCCAGAAGCAUUUUUUUUCUACAAAUCUGUCAAGUUUAAAGCGUCCUUCGCUAAAGCUUCGCAUACCAGUACAAUCAAACCGACAAGAGAAGGGGAACUUGGUGUGGCCAGCCUUGGGAGGGUAUCACAUCUUGGGCAAUCACGCGCGACACAAUCGACCCCGGCAGGACGCCCUGAUUCCCAAGGUUUACUUCACCGUCAUCAGGUACUCGGUUUCGCAGCUGGAAUCAGCUUUCAGCUUUUACAAGUUUGGUAGUCAAAUGCAGCACCACCGAAUUGAAGACAUUUUCGAGUCAAAGGCGGUGGAAUUUCUGACCAACAGCAAGUCUAAAUCGGGGCUGGCGUUUCUGCAAAAUGGACAAAUGUUCGACCUGGGGUUGGAGCAAGAAGAUAUCAGGAUGCCAAGUCUGCGGACGAGAAAUUCCUCGCGAACCAAAAUCUUUUCUGUACUGGCCGGAAGGAUCCGUAAAUGGAACAAUACGUACGCGAAGCUCUACCGAUAUUUCAACAAGACGUUCAGGGAGAAAGUACGAGACUACUGACCUGACUUUCUGCUUGAUCUUAAGAUAUUUCGUGAGCGUAACGCCGAAGUUUCCCGCCAGUGCCUCAUCAACACUUCCACGUAGUGGGCCUAAUAAACACAGAGCGGUUUAAAGUCCCAGAAAAUGCAAGCACCGUGUGUCAGGAUUUAGUAAGAUCCGAUGUUGAAUUGGGCGUCCAUUCUAAGAAAGAGGAUGCGUGAGAAGAGUGCGCAUUUCUUGAGCAUAAACAAACGACUGGUACCCUGUCGUUCUAAAGAAAGUAUUGGGCCUGGUAUACCACACGGAGUUCCGACCACUUAAUCUCAUUAGCUACAAAAAAGCCGUCAUCAUGCCAAUAGUGCACGAAUUUGCUUUCAUCAACUAAGAAAGAAAAGCAUCUCAUCUUUCUUCAAAUCUUUUGGAAUCUUCAGAAAGGAACUUUGUAAUACUUGAGUAAUUUACCAACAAAGAAACAACGAAACACAGUUAACUUCACAGAAAUCUCACGCGAAUACAAAUUUCUACGUACUCUUUGAUGAAUCCUAAAUUAUUGAGUUAGAAAAUGCAAAAUUCAGAUUCAAUAGUUCAGUCAUCUUUUUGCACCAUAUAAGGUGAAAAAAAACUGCUAUCGAUUUGGAAAUUUUGUGUCACAGUGGACUAAAUCUAUUUGCGUAAAAUCUUCAGAAUUUAUUUUCAAGACAUAAAAUAAAGUGUAU